CUCGUGUAAGGAAAAGGAAAAACUAAAUAUAUAUGUAUGCUUUUAUUUCUUAUUAUGUUGGUUUUUGUCCUAAUUUAUGCACUUCAUGUAUUGGAGACAUAAUUAAAUGUUGAUGACAUUUGAGGAUAUUUUUUCAAUGUUUUUUGUGGAAUCCCAGCCUCACCCAGACUCUGCCUCCAGUGGCCCCCGGGUAAAUUGAGUUUGAGGCCCCUGCUCUGUUCUCCCUUUCGUUUCUCUUUUCUUUUCUUUUGGGCACAAAUAACGUGUCCAUUAGAUUUGAUUUAAACCCAAAGCAAUUUCUAAAUGUGUAAACGUGAAUCUUGUCCAGUCCCUGAUCUGCCAUAAUUAAUUUAUAAUGCAUGUCAUCAAAAGUCUAGCCGUCCUUUACAGCAGAAGGUUCCUACACUGACAGUCAAUCUGACUGUCUUAUCCAAACACAAUGAAACAAGGACUUAAUAUUCUGAAUCUCUGACAUGUUCAUUGAUGCAGAUAUUUCACUUUGAGACAUGAACUAAGAAUUUUGAGAAAUAAACUGGAUUCUGUAGGAAAUCCGUGGUGUUUUGAUUCAUACAAAUUGUUUUGAGAAAUGCAUUUAAUGUUUUGUAAAUGUAGAAAAUGAUUCGAGAAAUCAACAUGAUACAUAUUCUGUGAAUCUAUUGGUCAAAAUCACGUGUUCAUGAGGCCCGUAAUACGACGUCAGUCCAGAGUCCUGCAGCCAAUCAGAAAUCAGACCCAAAAUUGUUUAGUGGAAGAUUUGAGCGGCAUUUUCAUCAAGAGGAUUUGGUGCAGCAGGAAGAUUCUCUAACUGAGCUGGAGCUGGAGCAGUCUGCAGCUUUCACACUUUGGUUCGUUUGUUUCAAUGUAACAGGUAGUUUGUGCUGCAGUGGAGUGAAGGAGUGAGAGCAGAGAGGAGAGGGAUGCUCUCAUCACAAAGAAAGCAUGAUUGUUCUGGGCCGAAAUUCACAGGCGCGUUUUCAGAACUGAACACUUUUACCUCAGAUGCAAACACACUGCCUGCUUUUCUUAUCGAAUUUUUAUUUUUCAUUCUUUCCAACGGCAUCAGCUAAUUGCUCAAAGGAAGACAGAGACUAAUCAGAAACUUGGAUCUCUUUCUUUGGAGCUUCAGCUCAUCAUCAUUAUGGAGGAAAAUGUUCAAGGAGAACGUCAGAGUCCAAAGAGCUCUGGAGAGGACCCCAACCGGGCCGUCCGGCCUCUGCUGCAGCAGCCCGGGAUUCAGCAGUCCAACCGGGUCACCAACUUCUACAUAGACAACAUCCUGAGGCCGGACUUUGGCCGAAAGAGAAAGAAAAGCACAUUAUGUGUUCGGGGAGGAUACGGGCUGGAGGAGAGGAGCGAGGUGUCAGUGAGAAAAGCUUCCAAAACGGACUCAAAGCGCGGCAGGACAGGAGGAAGGGAGGACAGCCUGGGGAAGUCCGACCACCAUGCGGAGCCUGAGGCGAGCGGUCCCGGGCAAACAGCCUGCGACUCCGGCCGAAGGGUCUCCUGCCGCAGCCCCGAGAGCAGCGAGGCCCCGGCGGCUCCUGCGGCCCCAGCAGCCAAGCCGAUGCUGUGGCCGGCCUGGGUUUAUUGUACCAGGUACUCCGACCGGCCUUCAUCAGGGCCCAGAUCCCGCAAACCAAAGAAAGCUCCGACCCCGAGCAAGGAGGACAAGCGGCCCCGGACGGCCUUCAGUGCCGAGCAGCUGCAGCGGCUGAAAGCGGAGUUCCAGAAGAACCGCUACCUCACCGAGCAGCGGAGGCAGAACCUGGCCCUGGAGCUCAGCCUCAACGAGUCUCAGAUCAAAAUCUGGUUCCAGAACAAGCGGGCCAAGAUUAAAAAGGCCACCGGGAAGAAGAACUCUCUGGCGGAGCACCUGAUGGCGCAGGGGCUGUACAACCACUCCGCCGGCCGAGAGGCGGAGGCCCGUUCCGACAGCGACUGAAGCCAUCACACCACCAGCAUCCUGAGGCUCUGGAUGCUCUGGCUGCUCUGGAUGCUCUGGCUGCUCUGGAUGCUCUGGAUGCUCUGGA